AUGUUUGCCUGGUAUUUGUUCCCAGUUAUAUUUUGCAUUUCAAUUUUUCAAUUUAUCGGACAUUUUGGGAAUUUCAACUUGAUUCUAUUACAUUAUCGACUUCCAAAUCUUCGAACAAAUUAUGGAAUUUUGUUAACAAUUUUGACAAUUUGUCAAAGUAUUUGUCUUCUUUUUGAAAAUAUCAAUUUAUUUUAUGCGAUUUAUGGUAAAAUUUCAUUUUUUUUCUUCUGGGAACAAGUUGUUGAAGAAAUCUAAUUUUUUUAGGAAUAAUUUUGGGGCAUCCAAUUUAUCGAGAUUCUUGCUUUUAUGCCAUGUUUCCUUAUGUAUUUUUCAAUCCUUUACAGCAAGGAAUUGUAACUAUGAUUGCUAUUGAUUUUUUGCUUUGUGUUAUUUUUCCAAUAAGGUUAGUUACUAAUUAAUUUUCUCUUUAUCAAUUUGAGCCAAACCACCCCCAAAAAACAUGUUGUUUUGCAAAGAACAACCCUUUCCCCUUUUCGUCGCUCCGCCCACUCGCACACAAAACAUAGCAUGCCGCAAAGACAGCGAGAUGUCUGGCUGUUUGCAUGUUUAUAUGUUGGCGAGUGGGCGGCUCAUAAACUUACCUGGUUGGGGAUACUCCGCGAUCAUCAAGGCGGCGUUCCUAUGGCGAGGCCUAUUCAUUGCACUUUCGAAUGGGCUGACCUGUAUGGCAAUCUCGAGUUGAGAUUCGCCAACAACUAAAUUUUUGCGUAUUGGGUUGCCUUGUGUAACCCUAAAAUUAUGGGAACAUUUGGAAAAUUUAAGAAUGGGAAUUCUGAAAAAUCAGCCUGGUUUUUUUUCAAAUGACAACAAAUCCACGUCAUAAAACAUUUGCAGAUAUCGCUCUUUCCAUCAACCUUUCUACCUAACUCUCCUUCUAAUUCCACCAGCUGCUCAUGGUUUAUAUCUAGUUAUUUUUGGAUUUCUCCUAAUCGACAAAGCUGAACUCAAACUAUGCAAUCCACCAUCAUCAAUAAAUCCACAAAUAAAUUCAAUCAAUUAUAAUAUAAGUCUAUGCACUUGUUCAAUUACAGUAAUCGCAUAUUGCAUUUCAUUUUUUCUUAUUUAUUUAAAAAGUACGUAAGGAAUUUAUCUACUUCCAACACAAAAUACAAAAAAAAUUAAUUUAGCGCGCCAAAGAUCUCGAGUGGACAUCGAAUCAAAAACAUUGAAAAGUUUAAGUGUUAUUGUGAUAGUUUUCAUUAUCACCAGAUUCCUCGGAAUAUUUGCCAUAAACAUUAUGCAAAUCAUGAAUUUUUCGACUGGUUCCAUAAUUGCUAUGCAGAAUUUCUUGGUGAUUCCAGCGCUUAUCGGAUUCUCCCAAAAUUUUUAUGUUUGCUAUUUUCGAUCGAAAGAAUAUCGAGGAAUGUUUGACAAACAACUUUGGCCAAUUUUGAAAUAUUUUAAGAAAACAAAUUAUGCUCAUCCAACAACUCGAGCAACCACAACAAUUUCACAAGCGAAUAAGUUACCCAAAAUUAAUUCUUGA